AGUUUAAAAAUGUCACAGGCGGAAAAAGACCGAAAAAAUGUCCGGCUGGCUCCAAUUCAACUAAGGGAAAAACCUUCAAAGAAAUAUACAAAACCUAUAUCUGGAAGAGAAUCUUGGUGGAGAAAUCACAUAAAGGAAACUCCAAAUCCAGGAGCUUACGAGCCUUUCGAUCCUUGGUGCGAACUUAGCAAGAGACCAAACAGUUAUAGAUUCAAAGCUGGUAAGAGAGUUACAGAAAUUAAUUCGGCGAAUGGAGCGUUACUGUUACCCGGAGCCUACAAUCAUCCAUCUUUUACUCAAAGGCUAGACAAGGAAAAUAUAUCAACGUAUUCAUUUAAAGGAUGCGGAAGAUUAGCUAAAAGUGGUAUGCAAUCAGACAAAAAAGAUAAGUACAUAGACGUUUGUCCAGGAAUGUACAAUACUGAAAAUUACUUGGCAGUAGACGGACAUAAAGCAACAAAAAAGCUAUCCGUCUUUAAGUCGACAAGUACCCGUUUACCUUCCGAUCAAAUGAAACCGAAAAUCGGUCCUGCUCCUGGUUAUUACGAAUAUCGGUCUCCAACACCACCGCACGCUAUCUCCUCGUCCUUUAAGUCGACCGCUCCUAGAUUCAAGACAUCGCAUACGAAAACCCCCGGGGCAGGAUCCUACGAACCAACUUACCAAAGUCCAAUGCCCGAAACUAUUAAGAGUAUGGCUAGAAUAGGGACAUUCUUUAACAGUGCUAACGCUCAUAAAGUUUCACUUUGA